GAGUUUUAAUACUUUCAACACUACUAUAUAACAAAUAAUUUGAGAAUGACAAAAGCUCGUAGACUGCGGUUGUAUGGCCCUAAAUCUCGCCUGGAGAGGUUUCUAACGUGGAAGAAAGGCCCACUUACCACAGAGCGCAUAGCAAUAUUCCUCAUCAUCGCCCUCUGUUACAUCAAUGCUCAGAUGAUACUUGCUAUUUACAAUGAGAACAACUACAUCGAGCAGGAAGAGAACCUGCCUCAUAUAGAUCUAGGAUUUGAUGUGAACCCCAUAGCACAACAUGAAGCUGACCAGCAAGCAGGUAAAGUAAACAGCGCACAAGAAGCUGCAGGUCCACCUGUACUGAGUGAGGAACUAGCUACUCACGUGGAGGGGGAUGUAGUGAUUACAGAUCUCUGCCCUACUCUGGUUCAGUGCCCUGACAAUCAUGUUCACAUCUACGCUGAGUCUGGUCCUAGGAAAGCUAAAGUUUGCUUGAAUGGAAAAGAGGUGCUGCCUGCUUGGAAGACAGGUAGAGGAAUAAACCUGGUCGUGAUAAACUCAGAGCGUGGUACUGCUGGCAGUGUGCAUAGCUUCGACACUUAUCAGAACCCUGGGACGGACAUGGUGGAUAUCCUAAAGAAUCUGAACGACGACCGUUUUGUAGUGAUGGUAGCACAAGACGAAGCGAGUACAGCACUGAAUAACGAAGCUAAACAAACAAUAGAGCAACUCGGCAGUACCCUGAUUUACGACCUAGGCUGGAGAUACAGCUGGGUCUUUAUUGGACAGGUUGGAAUAACCUCAAUAUCACCCUACGAGGCGAUGAAGUCUUCACUUGACACUUCCUCCUGGCCUGACCCUGUUGCUAUAUCCCAGUGUAUUCCCAACAAGAUAGAUGAUGAUGAAGUGCUGGCAGCCUCUCAUAAAGAGUUCUGUGCUACAUAUGAUAACUACGGAGAGUUUUGUAAGAAGACAUGGGCAAUACCUGACCCUGUGGUUAACACAGGGGGACACUUCGUUACUAGCACCUUCCCUAUCGCUAUUAUAGCCGGGGAUAGGGGAUCUUAUCUCCGACAAGUUUUAUCUGGUUUCUUCAAAGCACCCGGGUUUGUGGCUGAGAACGUGGUAGUGUUUCAGGAUGGUUACGAUCUGGAGACGUUCGCUGUUGCCAGACAGUUUGGAAUAAGACUGGUGAGGUUCCCUAAAACUGAUUCUAAAAAUCACAAAGAAGACACAUUCAAUCAAGCUGACCAUAUCGCUACAAACUACAAGCGCUCACUCGACGUCCUCUGGGCAAUGCAUCCUGAUAAAGAGUUUGUUUUUAUCAUGGAAGAUGAUCUGAUCGUUAGUCCUGACUUCUUCGAUUAUUUCAGCCAGUUAGUUCCAGUUUUGCGUUCAGAUAAAACUCUGUUCAGUGCAAGUGCUUGGAAUGAUAACGGUUAUGGACACUCCGCUAAGGACUCCACGAUGAUUUAUCGCACAGAUUUCUUCCCUGGGCUUGGCUGGUUACUAUCCAGGAAGUUCUGGCUGGAAGUCGUUGAACCUUCCUGGCCGGCAUGUUGUCAAGGAUACAGCUGGGAUCUAUUCAUGAGGGAUGUGUUAAAAGGGCGUGGUCUAGAUACGCUCUACCCGGAUGUUUCUAGAACUUAUCACAUUGGUAAAACUGGAGCGAACGUCUACAACCAGUUCUUCAAUGGUUAUUUUAGAGAACAUGUGCUAGCAAAGGAUUCGCAUUAUCAGCUGCAAGGUUUAGAUAAGCUAGGUCCUAAAACCUACAGUGAGCUUUUAUCCGACCUUAUAUCACGGGCUAAACCGGUCGAUCACACUGAAAAUCCUUGUGAUCAACAUUUUAUAACUGAAGGAGAGGACUUACUAGUUCUCUACUACUAUCAGAGAGAUUCCAGAGAAACUAAGCAAGCACUGGCUAUUGCUGGGUGUCUUAAUUUGUGGAAUGUAGACAAGGUUCGAGGAAUGUUUAAUGGGGUUUUGAGGACCCAUUUUAGAGGGAAUAGACUAUUGAUUGUCGGCAGUAUGACUAAGUAUGGUAAACAGUUUAUGCCGAAAGAAAUUCCGCCAAUACGGAUUGCUAAAUAUAAAGAUGAAAUAGAUAAUGGCCUAUAGGUAAUAGGUAUUUGCUAAUUUUAGAAUUUAUUAUUUGUAAGUUUGAGUUAUUUUGUGUUUACGUUUUAAAGUAUUUUAUUGUAUUAAUGUCUGACAUUUUGAAUUUCUUUGACCGCUUUGACAAUUUUGUUACAAUUUCCGUAGUAUUUAAGAUGUAUAAAAUAUUACGAUUAACAAAGAAAUUUCAUAAUAUAUAAUUCAGAAUUUCAUACUCUGUGAAGAUUGGCUUUUAUUUUCCCUUCACUGAUCUCCUGUACCAACUCUGUUAAUCAACUAACUCAUUUCAUUUUCAAUAAUGAUGUUUCUCGAUUGCCAAUUCUUCAAUUUAGACUUUAACUUCAUCCUUGUGUAAAUUUAAUGAUUAUUAAUGAUAAUGUGGGUCCCAGGUUACUUAAUAAACAUGGGUAACUAUAAGAAUCUAGCUGCAAUGUACCCAGAUUCCUAUAACUACUUCGUUGUGUUGUGAAGGUGACGCCCUUCUACAUUUUACAAGUGUUUGACAAGAUGUUUUGUACUUUUUUUAAAUUGGCACUCAACAAAACAAAUAUGAUACUCGUUAUAUACAUU